AUGAUCAAUGCACUUAAACAAGAUUGCAAACGAUUAUCUGAAUUACCUUUAGUAGAACUGCAUGUGGAACAAAAUGAUCAAACCGUAUGGGAUCGUCUCAUUUACGUCGAGGAAAAGAUUGCUACUAGUGAAAAUAAACAUGACGAACAACUAGCAGCAGUAGACUCUCGAACACCAAGAGCAGAUUUUCCACAACUUAUUCAAGGAUAUCUUUCUCCAGAAGAUAAGAACAAGGAUCUAGAUAAACUUGAACCCGAAUCAAAGCGCCGUUCAAUAGGUCUUUACCUUGUGUUAUUAAUGGACAAUAUUCCACGUAUUGAAAUGGAUGUAUGGGUUGAUUUCGGAUUCUGUACAUGCAAAAAUCAAGCAAUGGAAGCUAAUUUAUUUGGUAUUGGUUGUGCAUUUAUAUUCAUUAUUAUACUAAUUAUUUAUCGUCAAUGUCGUACAAUAACUACUUUACUUAUACUUAAUUCUAUCAUAGCUGGUUUUAUUGUCAAUAUAAUGUAUGUUUAUCAAGUGAUAUCUCAAUUAACUAGUGAUGGAAAUGAUAAACUAUGUAAAUUGCGUGGUUUUCUUUUACAAAGUGGAUGUGGUCUUCUCUAUCAUACAUUAUGUGUUCAAGCACUUUAUCGUUUUUUUGCUACUAUACCUAAACGACAACAAUAUCUUCAAUCGAAAUAUACAAUUACAUUUAUUGUAUUAGUACAAUGGUUUAUUUCAAUAACUUUUAAUCUUCCGAUUCUUAUUGAUGGUCGAAUAAAGUUUGAAGUAAACUAUCGUAUUUGUCAGGUAUCAAUGCAGGAUCUCUAUGGUUUUCUUUAUCUUUCAAUAUGGAUUUAUUUUUUUCCAUUAAUAAUUAUUAUAGGAAUUUACACUCGACUUUUAAUAUAUAUUAAACAAAAUCCAUAUCGUUUGAUUAUUCAUCAAAAUAUAUUUAAACGACAAAGACAAAAAUAUGAAUUUCAUAUUUUUCGUCAUAUUAUUAUUCUUAUCAUAAUUCUUAUUAUUAUGCAAUUUCCUAAUCUUCUUGUUUUUUUUUAUUAUUCAAUUAACUGA